CCAGAGCGUACCAGGAUCUGCGGCUGUGCGCCUGCCAGUGUCGCGUGUGACGUGCUGUGCCCCCGGGAGUUGGGCGAGAAAAACCGUUUGUUUCGAUUGCAAGGCUUUAUUUUCCGAUCCGUUCACGAGUGAAACGCUCCUUUGCUGCUUCCGCCUGCAGGAUCUUCGCCGCAAAACCAUGAAACCUAACCUGGAACCCGACACCGGUGGCUACAUUAACGAGGGUGGCCUGCUUAAGUCUAGAAAUGGCCAGAAAUACAUCAUCAACAACCCGGAGCGAGGAAGGUUCUGCUCAAAUAUCGUCAUCGGCUGCUUGAUUGGACUCAUCGUGCUACUGUUCUUGUCCACUGUUACGCUGUUGGUGCUACUGCUGCAUGCAGAUACUAAACACUGCCGGCUACAAGACACAAGAGUUCGUGUCCCCUCCGAUACUCGUCUUAAUACGGCGGGAUAUCAGAGUACGAAAGAUGUGAAUCUGGACGAGGAAGACUAUUUCUCCGAGGAGGAAGCUAACGGCGUCGAUCACGGCGUCGUCAAGCAAGAUCGUAUUUCUCGGGCCAACGGAUGGCUGCCCCAGCAUUACAAAUUGAUCAUUGAACCGAAUUUCGAACGAUCCACCAACAACGGUACGGUAUGGAUCGAUGUUUCGCUGAACCCGAAGGCGGUGCCGCGAACUCGGAUGGUUCCGCUGAUUGUGCUGGACACUACCGACAUUCGGAUCGUAUCGUGCCAAGUGUACAGCAGUGUUGACCGGGCAAGUAUGGUCUCUCAGCAAUACUACACCAGCAACAAUGCGUCAUACAUAAUUGACUUGGGCGAUGGAACGUUCGUGAAACGGCCGGAAAAGCUUAACCUCACGCUAGAGCUCACGUUCGAAAGUCGGCUCAGCGAUACGUUGCAGGGUUUCUAUCGUGGUUAUUUCGCGGACCCCGAUGAACGAAACAGUCGCAGCUGGUUCGCUAGCACACAGUUCUCGCCGAUCGACGCCCGGAGGGCAUUUCCGUGUUUCGAUAGCCCCAACAAGAAGGCCACGUUUGCUAUUUCGAUCGUCCACCCAAGUGAUCACUUUAUGACACUGUCCAACAUGGCGAGAAUCAAACGGACCGAUGAUGUGCGGCCUGGGUACGUGCAGGAUGACUUCGAAGUGUCGCCCCGUAUGUCUACCUAUCUAGUCGCGUUCAUCACGUCCAACCUCGAGCUGGCCCAGCAUUCGGAGGGCUUUCGUCCGGUGGUGAACGUGUGGACGCGAUCCGAGGUACGCCACCAGACGAACUACGCAUACAGUUUGACGAUGCGGAUCCUGCCGUUUCUCGAAGAGUACUUUGGCAUGCCGUACCAUCUGAGAAAACUCGAUUUGGUGGCGGUGCCAGACUUUGGUUUCCGUGCCAUGGAAAAUUGGGGUUUGAUUAUGUUUAGGGAAUCGGCUUUGCUCGUACCGGAGGACAGCAACCGUAGUUCGUCAGCAAAGCAUAAGGAAGCCGUUGCGUCGGUCGUGGCACACGAGCUGGUUCAUCAAUGGUUCGGCAACCUUGUGACUCCUCACUGGUGGAAUGAUCUUUGGCUGAAAGAAGGAUUCGCGACCUACCUCAGUUAUAUGUGUCUGAACACUGCAAAAAAGCAAUGGCAUAUGUUCGAAUCGUUUGCGCAGAAAGAGCUGCAGGAGGCAUUCGAGAAAGACUCGGACCGCAACUCACAUCAGAUCUCGUUUCCGGUUGACACCGCUUCCGACAUUCGCCGUAUAUUCGAUCCAAUUUCGUACAGCAAAGGUGCAGCGAUAGUCCGCAUGAUGGACAGCUUUCUCGGUGGUUUUGCAUUCAAGCUCGGGAUCAACGAGUAUCUCCUCAUGUACCAGUUUGAUAACGCCGAGCAGGACGAUCUGUGGCAAAUUCUUACGGUUCACGGGCAUCGCGCGGGCACGCUGCCGGCCACGCUGGACGUAAAACAAAUCAUGGAAACGUGGACGUUACAGCCGGGCUAUCCCGUUAUUACGAUUGAGCGGAAUGGUACGGAAUUGUUGGUGUCCCAGCAACGCUACCUUUUGCCGUCGCGUGCACACAGUGACUCGACACGUUGGUACGUACCGCUCACUUUGGUCAUCGAAUCACAGGAGCACAACAGUCCGAUCAUGCACUGGAUCCCGUAUGACAACGAGACGAUUUCGUUUACGGUGGAAGCCGAAGCGUACGAAUACUUGUACGCCAACGUUGACCGUACUGGGUACUAUAGGGUGAACUACGAUUACGCUUCGUGGAAGAAGUUGACCAACAACUUCCUGAAGCUGCCACCGCUAACGCGCAUGCAACUCGUCGACGACGCCUUCCAGUUGGCACGGGCUGAGUUUAUCCAGUACGACAUACCGCUCACACUGAUCCUGAUUGUGACGCAGAACCCUCACGAUGUUCCGGCAUGGGCAGCGCUCACCCGUUCGCUCGUCUACAUAAACUACAUGUUGGCCCGUGAACCAGCGUAUGAAACGUAUCUAGCGGUGAUGCGAUCCACGUUGAGGCGUGCUUUCGACGAGUUCGGAUUCGAUGACCGACCAAACGACAGUCACAUUGAAAUGACACACCGCGAGCGAGUGGUAGGUCUUGCUUGCUUGUACGGCAUGGACAAGUGCUCGAUGCAGGCCCAAACGCUCUUCCGCAGCUGGAUGACAGACUUUCGCGAUAACCGCAUCCCGCCGAAUUUGAAGGAAAUUAUCUACUGCACAUCGUUGCGCGAUGGUGGUGUGCCGGAAUGGAACUUUGCGUUCGAGCGCUACCAAGAAACGGAUAGUGCUUCCGAAAAGGAACUCAUACUAAAUGCACUGGGUUGUACUUUGAAACCGUGGCUCCUUUCCAAGUAUCUCAACAUGACGAUCAGCCCAACAUCGGGGAUUCUGAAACAGGACGGCGUCCGCGCAUUUCAAUCCGUAGCCACUAACUACGUUGGCACUGAGAUUGCUUUUAACUUCCUCUACGAAAACAUUGAACACAUCAACGAUUAUUACGGUGAUGGAUUUUCUACAUUGGCAAAAAUGAUCGAUUCGGCGGCGCUGCUUAUGAACAAACCGCACCACAAGGAACAGUUUGAUCGGUUCGCACACCGAGCGCGUCGCCUUGGGUUGCCGGCUAUCGAGCAGUCAAUUCGGUUGGCGAAGGAGCAGAUUCUCAACAACAUCUACUGGCGAUCGCGCUCGUACUACCAGUUGCAACAAUUCCUUGAACAAUUGAUCGAAGAUCUGCACAUCAAUGUGUAUUAGCGCGAUGGAACGAUCCUAAUCAAAAUUUGAACAUCGCGCUACGAUACUGUGACUGCUGAAGUCGAUCCGGCGCGUCUUUUACUAUAUGUAGCGUUGCUUGAGAUAAACCUUUAGAUAGCGUGAACUUACUACUUAUCGUGGAUAAAAACUAAAAGUUAGCAAGUAAAUUAAAAUUUAUAAAGCAGCCCGAUAGAAGGGGUCCUGUGAUAGGGUUGCAUUGAAACAAAAAAAAAACAAAAAGAAUUAAGUUAUCGCUACAGACGGAGUCAGUUCGGCUAUUUUACCUCGCAUUUAAAAUACAAGAAAAUUGAGUUCAAUUUGGGGUGCAUAUCAUGGUGUCUAGCCUAAAAAUGCUGCGAAAUGCAUGGUGUUUAUCAGGAAAAUGCCUAAAUAAAACAAGAAUCAUGUGGGUACCUGGUGCUUCUGCGACUAAGGCUUGCACAAGUAGGAUUGUCAAAAAAGCUAAGGAUAAAAAACAAUAUUUAAAUAUCGUUCCGCAGCGAAGAUUGCCAAAAACAAAGAACUCUGUGAAAAUGGUGUUUCACAUUUGGUAUAGAUUUCAUAAGGUGAUUCAUAGUAAAACCCAUUAAUUUGGAGUUAAAAGACGGCGAGAGAGCGAGAAACAAACUUCGUUCAUAGGCUGUGCAGUUUUAAGGUAAAAUAGGUUUUUCACAUGGUUUUAAAUCACAAACAUACAAGUGAAUGCCAAGCAAUUCGAAAAGUGGACAGCGGGAGUAGGACAGCAGGGUCUUACAGUAGCACUGUUGAUAAAAUAAUUCCAAAGAAGGUCGUGCGUUCUGUUCGAGGAAACAAAAUCUGCCUGGCUUGGUGCCUUUCAUUUUUGGUAAAAACUUUAUAAGAUGCUCAGUAUUUAUUGCGACCGUUUUCGCGUAUUUGUAAUUGAUUUGGCCAUUAUAUUGCAUUUAAACUGGCUAGAGUUAAGAGUAAAAACUUCUAAUAAUACUAAAAACGUUGAUUUGAACGUAGUACUAAAAACGUUGAAAUCCUUGAAGGCAUGCUGCGGCCUGAAAUUACUGUAACAGUAAGCACAAGUACAUUCGGUUAUAGUUUUCAUGUACAUUUAAAAACGGAACUGUUGAUAAAACAUUGAUUGUCAGGAGUGUGAAGCAAAAUUGUAUACCAAAAGCAGCUGCCUUUUACGCCAAUAAAUGGACGAAAAUGAUAUACCGUAUGCCUUUGCGUUUAGGGAUUACGUUGAUUAAAUGGACAGUUUAUUGAUGCACAUUGCAGGAAUAAUCAAAGGUUGAUUGAUGGUGAGGUGUUUUGUGGACGCAGCAAUAAAUGUUUCUCCUAUCACUCUUAACUCUGUGGUGAAAAGUAAAACAAACUAAAACGAAAUGGAAAAGUAUACAUAAA